GUUUCAUGGAGACCUUUGACGUCGAGUAAAGAAAGCUUUUUCUUUUCUUUUUGCGACGGGAUUCCAUAAUUCUUCCUCCAAAGUUCUCCAACGCCACCAUAUAUAUAUUUCUUUUCCAACCUGCUUGAAUCGUACUUGGAUUUUCAUCCGGAAUUGCCGAUACCAUUCAUUACCCGAAGAAAAAAAGGUCUAGUUUCAAAACAAAGCGACUACAUCUCUUCUAGACGUCAAGAGAGAACGUAUCUUGUCUUGCCUCUGAAUGUCUUGGUCUGACAGAAUGAUGUUAUGAUUCAAAGUUUAUUACUCUGAAAUAUUCGAGGGAGCCAGAGCGCUCUAUGUCACGAUUGAUUGAUACCUAGAACGAACCUCAGAUCAGAGCAGACAUGAUCAAUAGAAUUUGAUAUUCGAUAUUCUAAUUGAUAAAUACUACAUCAAUUGAAUCACAUACACCAUUUCCUUCAGACUCGAUACCUACGUACAUCAUCGCAUCACAUUUCCAGUCCUUUCAAGUCUCACCCAAGCAUCUAUUCCACCAAAUCAUCGAGAGGCGUUGCGUUGCGUUGCGUUGCGCAUUGACGGAUACCCACAUCUUCUUCAUCCAUGUGUACCAAGUACUCGAUUCUUCACCACUCACUCACCUCCAGGAACGGAAACGGUAACGGUACUCCCUCUAACCGCCCUCGACACGAAAUUUGCAAUUAAGUCCAGUCACUGUGCGAGCAUGAUAUCUUCAUGCCCAUCGAUACACGCUCUAACUUCUCCUCUCUUCUCGCGCCAAUUUCCACCGAUACCUUCAUUCUCCAGAAGUCGUCGUUCAAUUUGCGAUUCAAGAGCUCUCCUGCGCAAAAUACCGAGGGGGGAAAUAUCCUUGCAACCAAGCUUAUAAUCUUGGGAGAUCUUUAUGCGCGCGAAUACGUAAUAAGCCGUCCAGCUUUCCACAUUCACCCUCGAUAUCGAUUGCGGAAUCAAUACCAAUAUCGACGACUAGUAAAAAGGCCAAUUCCUUGGAUUUGCGAGCAAGCCAAAGGAUCCAGCUCUCCUGUAUCCUUUCUUAUUAGCUCUACAAUAGCUGCUUGUUGUUGGUGUUGUUGUUGUUGUUGUUGAAGUGCUUUGAUUCAACUAGCCCAGCCUUCCUCUUUUUAACCUCUCUCGUUUAAAAAUAGCCCACCAUUCGUCCAACCUCUUAAUAUCUUAUUCACACCGAAAAACCUCCUUCUAUCUAUCUAUCGUCUUUCGACUCUUGAAAUUCACUUCUCUGUUUUUCACUUUUGGUCCUCCCUUCAAACCCUGGGAGGUACAAAGUCUCAGUCUCCAUCUCGACCUUCUUUCCAAACAACAACCUCAAAAACCAGCAACUUGCAACAAAAGCAACACCACCGAUAACUUUAGCAUCAGACCGCAUCCUUUCUCCUUCUAUCCUCUAAUCUUACUAGCUUCUCUUUAUUUUUACACUCAAGCAACGCUUCUCUACUUUAUCCCAUUUCGGGCAUUCUAUUGAGCAGCGUUCACCUUGUUUUCCUCUCGCCCAAAUUCAACAAAUCCAGCAGAGCUGACGCUCCCACCCGCCCCCAUAUCUAACGACCGUCACGAUACCCACGACCUUACCACACCGAAACCUGAACAGCGCCAGCAGCGAAGAACCCUUCGAAGAACUCACAUUGAAGCGGCUUCAACUGGAAUCUCUCCUUUACCUCAAAUCAAAUUCGCCCAUCGGCAAUCAAGUGAAGGCGACUUCACUCAUGACAUCGCAGACGAUCCCGAUACUGAACCUCAUCCAAUAAGUCCCUCUCCGGAACCGGAAAAAAGUCCUGCCUAUCCUCCACGUAUCGAUAAGCACACUGCGAGUGCCAUCCUUUAUACCCUUGAAGAAGCCUUGCGCCAACCCAAUCAAUUCACUCCAGAUUACAUCGAAGAGAACGCUUCAAUGUCAGAUAUGUUAGGAGGAGCCACGAGCUCGGCUAGUAAUGGCGCUAGACCUGUAGCUUCUGGUUCGCCCCAUAUUCGUGGCCCAAGAGAUAUUAUGAGAGAUAGGCAAGCUCGCGAAGCUCGAAAAGCAUCUGAAGCGUCGGAACAAAAAGCCCGAGCCGCCGAGCAAAAAAGAAACGAGGAAGAAUUAAUGCGGCAAGCAGAGAGAAGAGCAGCUGCUGGCGCUGCAGCACAAAGACUCGAAGAGCAAGGACAACCACGAAUUUCGAGCAAUUCCCAAAGGGUAGAUCGAAGAGCCACAGAUCGAGCAACAAGUGGCGGAGAGAGUAUCAGACCAGUCGAUCAACCCAUGCAAAGACGUGGCACGACAUCAAGAACUCCUACAGGCCCUGAAAUUGCACCUCUCAGAUUACCAAUGGCGCAUUCAAAACCCGCCGAGACUGGUCAAAGUCAACCAAAUCUAUCCACUGGAGCCGGUCCAGCUCAACCUGCGCCUUUAACCGUCCCUAGCCGUGAUGGCCCAACUCGAUCAUCAUUCCCGCAUGCAUUCGAGCGCUGGGAGACUCUCUCUGCGCAUUGGGAGGGUCUCACAAGUUUCUGGCUUCGCAGACUCGAAGAAAAUUCCUCAGAAAUCAAUCGCGAUCCAUUGUCACAGCAGCUAUCCCGACAAAAUACUGAUUUAUCAGCUGCUGGCGCCAACCUUUUCCAUGCUGUUGUCGAAUUACAACGUUUACGAGCUUCUUCUGAGCGCAAAUUCCAGAGAUGGUUUUUUGAGACAAGAGAACAGGAGGAACGUGCGACAGAGAACUUGGCAGUUAUGGCAAAACAAUUGGAGGAUGAACGUAAUUCCAGAGCUCAAGCUAUUCAGGACGCCGUUGAUGCAUCCAGGCGCAAAGAUCAUUCCGAUAAAGUGAUCUCCGAGUUGAAGAGAGAGUUGGAGAUUGCUAGAAGUGAGGCUCGUAGAGCAUGGGACGAACUUGGUCGUCGUGAGACGGAGGAACGCGAACGAACAAUCUCUUUGCGAGAAGGUCAGCCAACCUUGCUGGGUGGAGUCCAGGUUGUUCCAAUGAUCCAAGGUGUCCCAAGUCGUCACGGAAGCACAGCUGCUCGAGAUCUUCCACCAACGAGACAAGGAGGUCCUUCUGAUUCUGGAAGUGGAAGUGGAAGUGCGCGUACAGGCGGUCGAUUCGCAGAUCCCGAGAGUCCAGCUGGAUCAAAUGAAGCUUACCAACAAUAUCAGCGCUCUCAACGUGCAGAACCAGCUGAUCCAUUCAUUGACAAUGCUCGUCAGCGUCGAGGAGCUGCUACAACAUCCGCACCAUCUUCAUCUCAAGCACCAGCCGUACAACCUGCCUCACCAAGUUCUUAUUAUCAACAACCUGAAGGCCGUCCAAGUACUCAAACCGGCAGGACCGAAGGACAGUAUGAUGGAUCAAACAGUGAUGAGGAAUACGAGGUUGAUGGGCAAGGCAGAUACGUUCUCGACGCUGCUGGGAACAAAAUUCCAUACUCAAAUGACGAUUCUGAUGAUGACACGGCUGAGUAUGAGCACAGCCCUCGUCAACACCGUCAAGGUCGUGCUCCGGUCACUGGACCUCCCAUCCCAAUGGCUGGUGUUGAGUACGGACAAGGCCCAACAAAUAGCACAGCCGGCAACCCAACUUCUACUCCCGCUGCUUCAGCCGAUUACACAGGAUCUGGAUAUGGUGCCGGUGGCUCAGGUGCAGGUUGGGAGUCCUUUCCUCGUCAUCAUCAUCCAACUCGUCUCAGUGAUGUUUUGGAAGAAGAUGAGAGAAGCCGUACCAGUGCUAGCCAAGUCAGCCGACGUGAAUAGACGACGUACAAUGAUUAUAUCAUUGUGAUUUUUCAGUGGGUCACAGAGGAUCUGUCAUCACAUCAUUCUUAGUUCGGUUUCCUGGAUUUUUUUGGAUUUAUCUACACGAGAUGAAUUAUUUUAUCGAGAUAAUAAAACCCCUAGAAAGGGUACCCCAUAGGCGUACUUACUUCGUGGGAAUGGCGGCCUAUUUUUGCUUUAUUUCUGUUCAUUUUCCUAUCUAAUAGAAUAUCCCAGGAAAGAACAGAGUGGAUUAGUUCCCUGGGAGAUGCAUAUGCAUGGAACUGGCGUUGCAAAGGAGUUUUGGUACACUAAUUUCAGCGAAGAAGGAGCAUAUUCUAAUCGAUGCAUCAAGCAAGAGAAAGGGAGGCACCCUUUUAAUGUACCUCUGUAAGAUAGAGGAAGAAGCUGCAUAUAGUAUUCACUAGGAGUUACAAGAGCAGUAGAGAUAGUUAAUAAUGAAAGAAGAAUUAAUA